UAGAGGCCGCCCACGUCCUCCUCCACCUGGAAGACAGGGCUCAGAGCAAAUUCUCCUCGUGGGUCUGCGGCUCGUCAUCUACUUCCUGUUUUACCUCAGUGACUUUUUGAAGUUCGGACUUGGACAGCAGAUUUGAGAAUGAGCUAACACCGGAUAGACACGUUAUCAGAAGUGAAUUUUCGUUCAGAAAAUGGCGUUUGUCAGAGGAAUUCGCGACCAGCCUGCGGUGUUUUUCACGAGUUAGAGCGCGUCUUCGCUCCGAGCAGCAGAGAAAUAAAAUAGCGGGACCCGAACAAACCAGCGUCAUGCCCGAGGUGUCGAAGAUGAAGAGGCCCGACGUCAAGAUUGUUCUCCUGGGAGACAUGAACGUGGGGAAGACGUCGCUGCUCCACAGGUACAUGGAGAGGAAAUUCAAAGAGACCGUCAGCACCGUCGGAGGGGCGUUUUUCCUCAAACAAUGGGGACCUUACAAUAUCUCAAUAUGGGACACAGCUGGCCGGGAACAGUUCCACGGUCUGGGAUCCAUGUACUGUCGAGGUGCAGCCGCAGUCAUCCUCACUUACGACGUCACCAACUGGCAGAGCCUAGCUGAGCUGGAGGAGCGCUUCCUGUCCCUGACUGACACCGCUAACCAUGACUGCAUCUACGCCUUAGUGGGAAACAAGGCGGAUCUCACGGACUCCAAAGCCCAGCUAUGCCAGGACUCAGAUGGCCUGGUCAAGGACCGAACUGAGUGCAACCAGGAGUGCGAGGUGCUGUCUGGUUGUCCCACGCCGCCGGCCUCCCCUACAUCCCUACCUGGCGUGAUGCUUCGCAAGCAGGUGAUCAAUGAGGAUGCAGUGGCUCUUUAUGGGAGAAUACUGCGCUAUAAGGGCCUGGAGGAAAAGAGCAGCUUGCCAGCAGAGAAGAUGUGCUUUGAGACGAGUGCCAAGACCGGCUAUAACGUGGACACCCUGUUUGAGACGCUGUUUGAUCUGGUGCUGCCUUCCAUUCUAAGGAAGAGGCAAGAGAAUCAGGAAUCUCCUACUGUGGAUCUAGAGGAAUGCAGGAUGGUCGGCAGCAAGAAGGGAAGAUCUGGCUGCUGUUAGGGGUCAAAGAGAGGUGAGGAAGAGGAGGCGGAGGCCACCUGUAGACUCAUUUUUAACCAAAGGCAAUCACCAGGAUAGUCUGACGACCAAAUGCAUACUGUGAUGGUACUUUUCCUUUCUUUUUUUUCUUUAUUUUUUCCUCUUGCCUUAACUGAGACCAAAUCGUGUUAAUGACCUCUUGGUAAAACACAAAUCUACACUUGUGAUGCUGUGAAGAUCAUAGUGUCCAGAGAGAUUUUUCCCAUAUUUCUUUGUAAGGAAGGGACAUAAAAUGCACGGCGCAUUAUCACUCUUUGUUUCUGAAACUUUCCACUCUAAUGACUCGAACUGCACUAAUAGCCCAAACGUGCUCCUGAGGACAGACGACACAGAUUAGAAGGCCGUCACUGCCGUUUGUCAGCGUUUCACCACCAGAACUUCACGCACAUGUAACAGCACUAAUUAGUUAGGCUGCACGUUGCACUGUUUAUGAUGAAUUUUAAGGUUUUAUUAAUCAGACUUUAAAGUUCUGUCACUAGUGUUGAUACUGAUCUUUAUAUUUUAUCUGCACUUUUUGGAACUUUUCGAUGAGUGUAUUUAAAAAUAAAUAAAUAAAUAAAAAUACAGCUGUUCGAAUUUUUAAGCAUUCUGUCGUAAUAAAGAUUUUUUAUUUUGCA